AGUAAAUGGUUGGCUGCUAGUGUCUUUGGCAGACCUGGAUGUAAAUGUUAACACUGGCGGCCUCUGAUUUGUACCUUUUGCAGAUGGAGAGGGACAUUAACAGCAAAAAGUAUGAAUUCCAACAGUGAGGAAUUGGAUGAGAUUGCAAACAAAAUAUCAGACCUGUACAAAUGGAGGGAAAUCUUUAGCUCUCAGAGGUUGGAAUUAAGUGAUGCUUCAAUUGAGGUAAGUUUCCAUACAAAUGUGAAUUCCGCUGUACGAAACCCUGCUUCCCUCCUCCUGCGAGAACUCCUUUCAUCACCGUCACACAUCAUGGACACACAUCCGGAGUUGUUGCAAACAAUGAAGAGGCUGGAGAGCUCAAAGCUCAGCUACAUUGAGAUAUUGCAGGAAGAGGUUAAGAAAAGCCAAGAUAAACACCAGGAAAGCCGCAAGUCAGAGGAUGAGAGUGAAAAUGGAGCUGGAGCCACUUCUGGCACCAAGUCUCGUGGACAAGUUGCUACCUUUAAUGUCCUUUAUUCUAUUCCCAAACCCCUUACCAUCUCUUUUAGUUUGGGCGGCAUUCCUAUCACAAUGGAUAUGGCAGGGAACCUUAGAAAGAUUUUGUUUGGGAGCACCUUCCACAUUUUCAACUACGAAUGGAAGAAAUCCCACUUCAAGUUCCGGGAGCCUUUCUCUGACUUGUCAUAUGCCCUGGAAGCAGAAAGGGGAGGAUCCAGUGCAAUCCAGAUGGCUGUGCAGGCAAACAUUAUCAGAUACCUGCUCUUCACAGGAAACAACGGAACAGAAAACGUCUGCUUACAAUAUUUGUAUGACGUCAGUCCGAAAAAACAGGAAGAGGCCCUGGCAGCAGCCCUGUCCGAUAUUCUGUGGUCAGCAGGCAAGUCACAGAGUGGGUCAGUCUGUCUUGUGUCCACAGACUCCUACUUUACACCAACCACUGAGUACAAAGUGGACAACUUCACAGAGAGGGUUCAGCUGUUUAAAUUCAGUGAAAAAGAAACCAUGCAGAAAUUCAUCUAUGAACAUAUACAAUGUUUUAAAGAAGAAGGAAGCCAUGGAGUGAUUCUGUUCCUGUACAGUUUGAUUUUCUCAAGGACUAUUGACAGGCUAAGAGAAGACCUUGACUCUACUACACCCCACCUCUUGCGUUCAAGUCUGGGGAAUUUUGUUUGCCGGCAGGCUCUGUUGAACCUGAUGUUGACAGGCAGGGCUAGCCCCAAUGUCUUCAAUGGCAAUAUUCUGUAUGAUGACCAAGGCAGUCCCCUGCCGGUCCCCCUGCACGGAGUCCUCAUCCGCAGUGAUGUGGGGUACUUACACUGGAACCGGGAGCUGCUGCAACAUGGCAAGCUCCCAAUGGUGGGAAGCAUGUUGAAAACCCCUAAACUGCCCAUCUGGCUGUGCAACAUCAAUGCAACGUAUAGCGUGCUGUUCAGUACAAACAACUCACUCCUGUCCGACUGGAAAAUGGAACACCUGUUCGACCUGUACUUGUACAGCGGACAGCCGGCACAGAACCACACGGUUAUUCUUACCAUAGACACUCACUCUCAUCACUGGGAAGAGGGGCAUGGUAAAGGCGAGGGAGAUCUGGAGAAACGGUUCCCUUCGGUGGAGAUGACAAUAAGGACUAAAUGGGAAGGAGCAGCCAUUGACUGGAAUGGAACGGUUCCGUUUUUCUAAGGGACACCUUUUACGCUGUGGCCUCAGCACCUUCUUCGUAUUUGAAGUUCAUCAAUACCUUGAGUUUACAUUGUUCUGAUGAGAAAAAGGAUCACUGAUUUUCCAAAAUUCUUUUUAUGUGAAAACCUGCUAUGUACUUGCAAUUCACUUUCUGCUCACCUUCACCGCUUAUUCAGUUAUGUAAUUAAGUGAACGUGAUUAGAUUUAUUACAUGUAUACUAAUUAAUUCAAGGAAAAAUGUGUUAAAGCAUAAUUCUAUAUCUUCCUAUUUAUAAGUAGGCACAUAUGAUUAGAAUUAAUUCCAGACUUGCUUAUACUGGUUUACACUACUUUUCUAAGUGUAUGCAUAUAUACUGCAAAUUGCAUAUGGUGGAAUAAAACUCUACAUACUGGUACCUCUUUA